CCUGCUGUAGUUUACAAACAUUGGAAGUGUGACAGUCAGUGACAGCGUUUUGGUUAGUUUCACGUGGCCAAAAUCGUGGCACUACGCGGACUCGCAGACAGAUUUUCUCAUGGUAUGUGAAGAAUUAUCGCCAGCUAUGUCGACAUGUCUAAUUGGAGGAAUCGAGGGGGGUGCUACCCAUUCGCACGCAGUAAUCAUGAACUCAGAUGGAGAAAUUGUGGGGGACGCCCAUGGACCUGGGACAAAUCAUCACCUAAUUGGCAUGCCCGAAUGUUCUAACAGGAUAGCGUCACUAGUGAUCGAAUCAAAGAAAAAAGCUGGGUUACCUGUAUCCAUUCCGCUAAGAGCUCUGGGUUUGAGUUUGAGUGGUUGCGAAUUAGAACCGUCAAACAACAAAUUUUUGAAGAUUAUACUGGAAACCCAUCCACAUUUAGCAGAGAAACUCGUGGUGGGGAGCGACACAGACGGAUCUGUAGCUGCGAUAUCAAAUAAUGGAGGUCUAACUUGUAUAGCAGGAACAGGCUCGAAUACUUUGUUGGUCAAUCCAGAUGGUACCAGGGCCCAAUGCGGAGGGUGGGGGAAUUUACUGGCGGAUGAAGGCAGCGCUUGGCAUAUGUCUUACAGAGCCGUAAAAUAUUGUUUUGACGAUAUCGACAACUUCGAAAAAGCCCCCUACCCCAUCGAUAGGGUGUGGGAACUGGUGAAAUCCCACUUCAAAAUCGAAAAGCAAGCAGAUAUCCUCGACUCUUUCUACAACAAAUUCGACAAGUCAUUUAUAGCGUCCAUGACAAAAAGCCUAUCUGAACUAGCUAGAGAUGGGGAUAAACUGUCGCAGGAAAUAUUCAGAGAAGCAGGUACCCACCUUGCCAAAAGUAUAUCCGCGGUGGUUCCAAAAGCCUCCCCAGAACUCACGCAGCAAGAGGGUGGAAUCCACGUUAUUUGCGUGGGAUCGGUAUGGCUCAGCUGGGACCUGCUCAAGCUCGGAUUCAUAGAUUGUUUGAGAAAGAAUAGGUCCGUUACGAAAAUGACGCUGGUGAGACUGAAAACCGAAAUGGGGGUUGGGGCAGCGUUCAUGGCUGCAGAUAAGUUGAACUUACCUUUGGCGAGGGAUUAUUCCAAAAAUUAUAAAGCUUUUUUCAUUUAUGUCAAUGCUAGCUGUAAUGGGAGUUAGUGAAUGUUGGCUGUCAUCAUCAUUUUAUUGAGAUUGAGUUGGAUAUGUAUUAUUAUUAGGUUAUAUUUUCUAGAAGAGCUACUGAAUUAUCUAAACUGAUGGUCAAAGAAACUGGCACAAUGUAGUACUCUGAUUGGAUUUGGUUUCUUCAUAUUCUCAUUCCAUAGAAUGAUUCAUUGAGAUUAUCAUAGAAUGAGAAGUUUCAAGGAAUUGGCCGGACCUAUCUGCUUGCUCCAUUUCUUCCAUUUAAUAAGUGAUAGGAUUCGUAUCAGGGCUUUUGAUUUCUGAUAGGGCUGUGACUCAAAAACCAAGCAGUAACAGCUCGAUGGUGAAAUUCAUCUCACUCAAGGGGUUUAUAAAAUAUCAUGAUUAUGCCACAUCACCGAUGAAAUGAGGCACCUGAAGCCCUCCAAAUUAUUUAAUACCAACGAGUUAUUUGAAUGAAUAUCUGAAAAAAACUAUUAUGUCCAUGGAAACCUUGCGUUAAAAUAUUCAAUAAAAAGCGAAGUUUCAGUGGCGCCAGUUUUUUGACCCUCAGUUAUGUAUCACUGAUUUUUUAUGAGUAACUGUUGAUGUGUGUUUUAGAUGUAUAAUGUCAUUCCUCACUAUUGAGGUCAUAUAUUUUUUGAGAGAAUAAAUUAUAUAUUAUACAAGUUAA